AUGGGCAUUUUCGGCAUUUCGUUUAGUGCUAGUGGAGGGUAUAUUGCGAGCAGCCAGGAUGUGAUUACCAAACUCAGAACGACGAAUCCAGGAUACAACUACGGCGAGGCACCCGUACCAGCUGUGAUGGCACAGAUUAUUGCUUCUAUGAAAAUCAUCCUCGCCAAUGGGGAGGGAAGUGGUGGAGGAAACACCCGACUGAAGCAGCUGCUCUGGAACUCGCGCUAUCUCCGUCAAGGUCUGAGACGAAUUGGAUAUACUGUUUAUGGCAAUGAAGACUCACCGAUUGUGCCCGCACUUCUCUUGAGCCCGGCUAAAACGCCAGUAUUUUCGCGCGAGAUGCUUCCGUGGAAGAUCUCUGUCGUCGUCGUCGCCUAUCCUGCGACUCCGUUGCAUUGUCUGGAGUGCGCUGAAGCGCUGAAGCGAUGCACACAAAGAAUGACCUGGACUACGUACUAUCUUCAUGUGAAGAGCUUUGUAGUGUGCUUCCGUUGA